AGGUGCACAUAAAGUCAACAAUGAUUAUGAACGGAGUGUGUGUUCGGUGGAGAGGAUGGCUAGACCUGGAAAGGCUGGACGGCGUGGCCUGUCUUGAGUACGACGAAGAGAGGGGUGCGAUAGAGGACUCCAUAUUAAGGGAACAAAUGGAAAGAUAUAACUCGCGAAUGAGAGAAUUGGAGGAAAGACAGCGUCUAUUCAAAGUGGCUCAAGAAAGACAGGCAGAAGCGGAAGCAGAGAGAGGCAUAACUCGAUUUGAAGACCUAAGCAUCACAUUUGCGAUACCGUUCUCCAGCUGUGCUGCCGGUGCUGUCGGGGCUGUACUGCUGUACUGCCUGUCGGCUAAUGCUUUGAAUGAAGAGAUACUUUGGUUGUUGGAGUUGUUGUCGCUGUUGGCGUGUGAAGCGUCUAAUGCCUUAUGUAAUCUCCGAAAGAAACACCGAACAGAGUUGAGUCCCGAAAGAGCCGGUUCUGCCAGCAAUUGAUGACUGUUUGAAAAAUAUGUCAUUUAUUGGAAAUGAUUGAACAAAAGACAUAACAUUAUCAGAUGAACCCAAUGAAGUGACCGGUGCUAACCAUACAGACGGUGCGACAAUACAUUAUAAUGUAGUGAAUACUCAAAUCGCAAUAUUUAUAUAUUUUUGACGAUAAAUUCAUUGGCAUUAUAUCUGAUGAAGAAAUAUAAAUGUGUUUAAUGACUGGAAACACAACAAAACCUGUAUUAUAGACACAAAUUAACUGAUUGUAAAACAUUAUGUGAUAUCUUAUAAAAGUUUAAUUCAUUGAUAUUUCUAAAUAAUUGAUUGCUUUAAUUGAAGGCAACAAAAAACAAAAGAAACACAGGAAUCAAGUUAUGACAUAUAUUCAUGUAUUCCUGUAUUCAGGUUCUCAAACAUUAAACCCAUUUCGACGGACAAGAUAUCGAUCUCACAAUGAGUUCCUAUUUUCACAACAUUUCUCUCUUUUAUAGUUGCGAUUCAUUCUCUUA